CUGGUGUCCAGUGUGUGAGAGACAGACGCGCUGUCACCAUGAGCCGCAGUUACAAUGACGAGUUACAGUAUCUGGACAAGAUCCAUAAGAACUGCUGGCGGAUCCGCAAGGGCUUUGUGCCCAACAUGCAGGUGGAAGGAGUCUUUUAUGUGAAUGAGCCCCUGGAGAAGCUGAUGUUUGAGGAGCUGAGAAACGCUUGUCGCGGUGGAGCCGCUGGAGGGUUCCUUCCUGCCAUGAAGCAGAUCGGCAAUGUCGCGGCUUUACCCGGGAUUGUUCACAAAUCUAUUGGGCUACCAGAUGUCCACUCCGGCUAUGGAUUUGCCAUUGGAAACAUGGCGGCGUUUGAUAUGGACAACCCUGAAGCCGUUGUCUCCCCAGGUGGUGUCGGCUUUGACAUCAACUGUGGGGUCCGACUGCUUCGUACAAACCUGGAUGAGAGCGACGUACAACCAGUGAAGGAGCAGCUUGCCCAGUCCAUGUUCGACCACAUCCCUGUAGGGGUCGGGUCCAAAGGUGUUAUCCCUAUGGGAGCCAAGGACCUUGAGGAAGCCCUUGAGAUGGGGGUGGACUGGUCGCUGAGAGAAGGCUACGCAUGGGCCGAGGACAAGGAACACUGUGAGGAAUAUGGCCGGAUGCUGCAGGCCGACCCCAACAAGGUCUCCUCUAAGGCUAAAAAGCGAGGCCUGCCCCAGCUGGGGACCCUCGGAGCUGGAAACCAUUAUGCCGAAGUCCAGGUGGUCGAUGACAUUUACGACGAGUACGCUGCCAAGAAAAUGGGCAUCGACCACAAGGGCCAGGUGUGCGUCAUGAUCCACAGCGGCAGCCGAGGCUUGGGGCAUCAAGUGGCAACAGAUGCUCUGGUCGCCAUGGAGAAAGCAAUGAAGAGGGACAAGAUCACUGUGAAUGAUCGCCAGUUGGCAUGCGCCCGCGUUUCCUCCACUGAGGGGCAGGAUUAUCUCAAAGGCAUGGCCGCUGCAGGCAACUACGCUUGGGUCAACCGCUCGUCCAUGACCUUCUUAACCAGACAGGCCUUCUCCAAAGUAUUCAACACGACUCCGGACGACCUGGACAUGCACGUGAUCUACGACGUGUCCCACAACAUCGCCAAGGUGGAGCAGCACGUGGUGGAUGGGAAGGAGAGGACACUGCUGGUGCACAGAAAGGGGUCCACCCGAGCCUUCCCUCCCCAUCAUCCCCUCAUUCCUGUGGAUUAUCAGUUGACCGGGCAGCCAGUAUUGAUCGGUGGAACCAUGGGAACCUGCAGCUACGUCCUCACUGGAACUGAGAAAGGCAUGACCGAGACGUUUGGCACUACCUGCCAUGGUGCUGGUCGUGCCCUCUCCAGAGCCAAAUCAAGAAGAAACCUUGAUUUCCAGGAUGUGCUGGACAAACUGGCCGACAUGGGCAUCGCCAUCCGCGUGGCUUCCCCAAAACUGGUCAUGGAAGAGGCUCCUGAAUCUUAUAAGAACGUCACAGACGUAGUGAAUACCUGUCACGAUGCCGGCAUCAGCAAGAAAGCCAUCAAGCUCCGCCCCAUUGCGGUCAUCAAAGGUUGAGCACGGCCCCCUGGGAAAUCCGUGGCUGCUAACGCCAUUAUUUGUGUGGCAGAUACUGUGAGCCACUGCACUACAGCAUGAAAGGGGUUAACCCUGUGCACUACAGCAAAGCCGCAUCCACCCAAAAGCAAAGAACACCCCCAAAUUAUUUUUUAUUUAUUUUUUUUUUUUUGCUGAGAAUUAUCAGCGCUUUGCUUUAUCCCCAAUAAUAACACUGGGCAAACUUUCCCUGGUGCAGUAACCCAUAGCGACCAGCCUCAGAUUUGCUUUCCUAAUCCCCACUGCAGUAGACUGAUCAAAGCGAUCGGUUGCUAUGGGUUACUGCUUAGUGAUGACAUUGCCAGUAUGUUAGUAUCAGGCUGAAUAUUUAGGGGCCCAUAUUCUAUGUAUCACAAUGAUACCUUAUAGUUAUUAGAGGCCCUGAAGAAGCUGUUUUUGUUUUUUUGUCAGACCUGGAUCUCCCUGUAAAGAGGGGCCCAAAGAUAACUGGGGAUGACAUAGAAAGGACAUAGGGGGUUGGAUAUUGAGGGGUGUUCUCCUGCUGAUGCUGGGACUUCAGUUCAGCUGAUGGUGGGAGUUGUAGUUCAACAGUGUCUAUAGGGCCACACUAUGUCUGAACUAGAGAAUAAGUCGCACAGCCUAUUUUGGUGUUAUUAUGCGAGCAGUUGAUUGAUGACAUCAUGCAGGGAGUUUUAGUACAACAACAUCUGCAGGGCUCCCUGAAUUGUUACUUCGUCUCUCUCCUCCAGUUAGGGGAGCAGCUUUGCAAACGCCCCCCAGCCCUGUCACUAUUUGAUUUUGACUCUGGACAAGGGUUUGUUUGUUCUUUCUUGGAUUGGGAAGGAUGGAAUUAAAAAAAUCCUUACAAGCAAAAAAAAAAA